AUGUGUAUUUUAGAAUACAGUGGUAUUCGAAAAGCUCUAGCUCCUACUGAAUUCAUUCCGAGAACAACUGCACGCACGGAAGCACGCAAGUACGAAGACAAAGUAGGUUUCUCACAGUGGCGGCGGAAAGAAGAACAAAUAUUGCAUGUCUUUAGUGCCAAAAGAGACGAAGUUGCAAAGAAUGACACAGAAAUUGAAUUAAUUGUAAAUUGUAAGUAUAUAGUUGGUAGUGUAUACUACGCAUCGCAGUAGUUGAGACAUGCAUGCAUGUUUGUUGCAUUUUAAAAUCAUCAGGAUGGCCCAAUCCUUCCUCAUAUAUAUGCUUCUUGCAUACAUGUAUAUUCUGAUCAAACGGUACAUAUAACAUGCAACUACGAUUGCUAUUAUAAUCGUUUAACACUAUGAUCUGUCGGGCUAUGAAUCUUCAGAUCGUGAAUAUUUAUCCCCUGAAGGUAAGAUUACAGCUAUUAUUUCGCCAAUUUGUCUGGAUAUUAUAGUCGGUAAGAAUUGCUCUAAACUGUAGCUAUGUGUACACCGACAACGGGGUAGGAACAUCUUUUUUAUAUUCAGACCUUUUUAAUAUUAUUUUCAUUUUCAAAAGCAGGACCACUAUAGCAACACAUCGAACGACGAAAGGCAACGAAAUAGAUAACGGAAUACCACAGUUUUUAAAAUUUUAACUUGUUUUAUAUUUUGUUCAGUGUUAUAGAGUUACGCGAUCAGUUAUAUUGUUAUUUUUUCUUGAAGAUGUGGAAGUUGAGGAUGCGGAAGAGGAUAAAGAAAAGAAACCAAAAACAAAUAAGGUUGAGAAGACCGUGUGGGACUGGGAACUGAUGAACGACACCAAAAAUGAACACAGAAGACAAUUAUCAAUCAUUGAGAGUAAAUGCUGCAAGUAA